AUGGAUAUCAGAACAGAGUCCAGAGAGGUUACUCUUAGCUCCGUUGGGGCUCGGCUUUUCCUUUUCGCCAUAGGAUUCGUAAUCUGCAAGGCUGUUUACAACAUAUACUUUCAUCCUCUACGCAAAUUUCCCGGUCCACUGUUGGCAGCCUGUUCCCCGCUCUAUUACUUUUACUGGCUGUACACUGGGAAGCUUUACUAUGCAAUAAAAGAAAGUCAUGACAAAUAUGGAGACGUCGUACGCUUCUCUCCCAACAUGCUAGUAUAUCGGAAGACACAGGUGUGGCAAGAGGUCUAUGGCUACCAUAAAAAUGGUACCACCUUUACAAAAGACCCUGGCUUCUACCCAAGAAACCCUAGUGGGCACACCAUGAUAUCGACACCAUAUGAAGCGGAGCAUUCAAGCAUAAGGCAUGCGUUAAGCCCUGCCUUCUCCCAAACUAAUAUAAUGGGAAAGGAGCCGGUUCUCCAACAAAAUGUGCAAUUGCUUCUGGACCAGCUUGAAGGGUUCGCUGAUUCUCGCACAAGUGUUGAUAUAACCAAAUGGUAUAAUUAUACUACCUUCGAUAUUGUCGGCGACCUAGCAUUCAGUGAAUCAUUCAACUGUCUACGGGGAAGCAACCACCAGUGGAUUGACGCCAUAUUCCGUGGUAUGAGGAUAUUUGUCUUCAUAAGGCCCUUCCUCUCACUUCCUACUUUCAUCCUCAACGGAUUACUCAGUUACGUCUCGGAUGAGAGCUUCACUUUGAUCAAGAAAAAGAUAGAUCAGCGGCUGAAACUGGAGCCUAGCAGGCCAGAUUUCCUAUCGCAUCUCCUUGGACAUGACAAGAACAAUGAAAUUAGCAAGGUAGAGGCGAACGCAGGUGUUUUGGUCGUAGCUGGGAGUGAGACAACCGCUACAUUGCUCUCCGGCUGUACAUUUUAUCUUCUCACACAUCCGCUGGUAUAUGAAAAGCUGGCCAAUGAGAUUAGAGGGGCCUUCGACUACGAGGAUGAAAUUACUCUACUUGCACUUGGCAAGCUCCCAUACCUACAAGCCGUCCUGGAAGAGAGCUUGCGAAUGUACCCACCAGUACCUGCUAUACUGCCCAGAACGGUUCCAAAGGGCGGCGCAGCUGUUAACGGGGAAUUUGUUCCCGAAGGGACAUCAGUCACAAUGGCAAUAUUUUCUGCCUUCAGGUCACCAUCGGAGUUCACUGAUCCCGACUCCUUUAUACCUGAACGUUGGUUGAAAGAUUCACCGUACAAAUGUCAGAAAGAGGCCUUACAGCCGUUCUCUUAUGGGCCUCGGAAUUGCAUCGGAAAAGUCCUUGCCUACGCAGAAAUGCGUUUAAUCCUUGCGAGACUUUUAUGGAAGUACGAUAUGAAAAUCGAUGACGAAAGUUACAACUGGAAUGACCAAAUUGCCUAUACUGUGUGGGUGAAGAAACCAUUGAUGGUGCAUUUGUCACCCAUCAAUCGUUGA